AUGGCCCAUCUCCAUGAUACCGCGGACAUGGCUCCCCCAUACACUCGCCAUGCCCUUCUGAGCAUCCUCGACAAGGCCACGGACAAGGCCUUCAAACCACCCUUGCCUCCUGCAGAACACCCCUGGGACACUGGGGGCUCGAUCGGUAGUCUCCCCUCUCUGGGGACGACUCCGUCCGUCCUUGCAGGUGGUCUCGGUGGCAGGGUCGUGAGCAUCUUUAAUCCUGUGGUUCCGCUGUCCCUUUGA